AUGGAAUCACUUAAGACAUUGCUGGUCGCAAACCGUGGCGAAAUAGCUGUCCGGAUUUUAAAGACAGCAAAAAAACUAAAUUUGCGAACAAUUGCUCUCUAUACCGAGCCAGAUGCUGCUUCUGCUCACGUUCAACUAGCGGAUGAGGCCUUCCUGCUCGAUGGACCGCCUUCAAAAGCAUACAUCGAUGGAGAUCAAAUAAUUAAAUUAGCGAAACGAAACCAUGUGGACGCUAUUAUUCCAGGAUAUGGUUUUCUGUCAGAGAAUGCGGAUUUCGCAAGAGCCAUUGCCAAGGCCGGUAUGGUCUUUGCUGGGCCAUCGCCAGAAUGUAUCGAAGCAUUUGGGCUGAAGCAUACGGCACGAGACCUCGCCACAAAGGCUGGGGUGCCUAUCGUACCUGGAUCAACUGGACUGGUCACGAGCGAGGAGGAUGCUGUGAAGGUGGCUAAAGAUCUAGGGUUUCCGGUUAUGCUCAAAGCUACCGCCGGCGGCGGUGGCAUGGGUCUACUGACAUGCAGCUCCGAAGAUGAAGUACGCGAGUCGUUCGCUACCGUCAGGUCUAGAGGAGAGGCCUUGUUCAAGAAUGCCGGAUUGUUCAUUGAACGAUACUAUCCAUCUAGCCAUCAUAUCGAAGUCCAGGUAUUUGGAAAUGGAGACGGCAAAGCCAUCGCUAUCGGCGAACGUGAGUGCUCUAUACAACGAAGACACCAGAAAAUAAUCGAAGAGUGUCCAAGCCCAUUUGUUACAAGAAACCCCGGGCUUCGAGAAAGCUUGGGCGACGCUGCUGUUCGUCUUGCAGAGUCUAUCAAGUAUGGAUCAGCUGGAACGAUCGAGUAUCUUGUCGACGACGAGACUGGCGCGUUCUUCUUUCUUGAAAUGAAUACUCGACUUCAAGUCGAGCAUGGAAUAACAGAGUUAUGCUACGGUGUUGAUUUGGUAGAACUCAUGUUAAAACAAGCAGAUGCUCAACUUUCGGGAAAGAAGGGCCUUGAGGUAGCCUUUCUUACGGGCAUUACCGUUGAUGCUCCUUCAGGUGCCGCUAUCGAGGCUAGAGUAUAUGCCGAGAAUCCGACGAAAGACUUCGCUCCCUGUCCCGGAACGUUACAGAGUGUGGAAUGGAAGGAACUGCCAGGAUCAAGGAUUGACACGUGGGUGUACAGAGGCAUUAAAGUAUCGGCAAACUAUGAUCCUUUGCUGGCGAAGGUCAUGCUUCAUUCGCCUAGCCGAACGCAAGCUAUUGAGGGAAUGAGGACGAUUUUGACACAGUCUCGAAUCUGCGGCCCACCAACUAACCUGGAGUUUUUGGCUGAGAUUCUUACGGACGAGCGAUUCGUGACCGGAAAUACCCUAACCAGAUUCUUGGAUGAUUUCCAAUGGAAGCUAGUUACCGCUCUGAAGAAAGUCCUAAACGAAGGCAACGGAGAUAUAACUUUCUCCAACAAGUUGAUCUCAAUGAUUGGAUGCGGAAAUUGCGUCGACAUCCUGGGAUCCAAGAAGGGAUACACACCCGACAGACCAUGGCUCUUCGAAGAGUUCGACCAAAUCACCUUCUACCGUGUCUCAGAAGAAGAAUAUGAAAAGGAGCUAGCCCUUUUCAACAGCGGCAGAUACGAAUACCAAUGGGAAGAAGUGAUAUUUGACAUGGCAGAGCACAACAAGCUCCUCCACGACACGAAAGAAGAAGUAGCAGCCAUCCGAGCUCGCCAGCGUAAAGCACAAGAUGAGAUGGACAAACUCGAGGCGGAACUCUUAGAACACUGGGCAAAGGAGAAAGCGGAGAAAGGUGUCCCGGUUGAUGCGAUUGAGAAUUUGCUAAAAGAUCCUCAAAUUCUUCCAAUCGAGGCUCCCUUAAAUGCUAAUAUUUGGAAAGUCGAGGUCAAGCAGGGUGACAAGCUCGAUGAGGGCCAGAUCGUGGUUAUUUUGGAGGCGAUGAAGCUCGAGAUCGCAGUGCGGACUGAAUUGCAUGCCGCUGGGGCGACAGUGGAAAAGGUCCUGGUUCAACCAGGUGAUUCAAUAGAGGCCGGGAAGCCUUUGAUAUUGGUGAGAAAUGCUUGA